AUGUGCCGGGAGCUGCCGCUCACAGGAGAAGCUGGAAUUCCAGGAGCCGGGAGCAGCCCGGGAGCUGCAGCCGGUGCCCGCCGUGGAUCCCAGCUGCGGACCUGGCCCGGCUGUGCGGAGCGCUCCCGCCCCCCCCGGCGGCUCAUCCCCCGGAGGCGCCUCCACACGUCAGCUCCUUCCCCUCCAGGAACUGUUCCAAGCAAAAUGAACUCAUUUCGCAUCCUCGCACCAACCCUUCCCGGGACCGGCGCGUUCCCACCUGCGCGCUCCCCUCCGAGGACGGGCAGGGCCGAACCCGCCACCGACUCCUCCUCCCGGGGACGCUGCCGGCCCGCCCGGGCUCCCCGCGGCCCGAUCGGCACCGCUCGCUGCGAGGCGGGGAAGGGAGAAGCGCCCGCCGCCGCCGCCUCUGCGGGGAUGCUGCGGGACCGGCACCGCCGCUCCCUCCGCGCCCCGCACGGGAACCCCGCACGGGAACCCGGAUCCCCCGGCCCCGCACGGGAACCCCGAUCCCCCGGCCCCGCACGGGAGCUCCGCAUCCUCCGGCCCCGCACGGGAACCCCGAUCCCCCGGCCCCGCACGGGAGCUCCGCAUCCUCCGGCCCCGCACGGGAACCCCGCAUCCCCCGGUCCCGCACGGGAGCCCUGCAUCCCCCGGCCCCGCACGGGAGCCCUGCAUCCCCCGGCCCCGCACGGGAACCCCGAUCCCCCGGCCCCGCAUCCCCCGGUCCCGCACGGGAGCCCCGCACCGCCCGGUCCCGCACGGGAGCCCCGCAUGCCCGGCCCCGCAUCCCCCGGCCCCGCACGGGAGCCCCGCAUGCCCGGCCCGCCCGCCGCGGCUCGGCUGCCUCGCACACAAGGAGCGUUUGCUGGCCGGGCUGUUCGUGCGCGACCCCGCCAAGAGCGGCCGGUGACACCUUCGGCUCGGUGUUGGAGGACAAGGUUCCUCUCGCUGUCGGCGGCGUCUGUCAGUGCUUCCAGGUGCUUUUUUCGGCUCAGAGAUGUCUGUAACAGCCACAAACUGACAGCACCCUUCUGCUGGAAGUGUGUCAUUCUAGGGCAAAGCCCCUUCUAG